AUGGAUGAGUGGGUGGGUGGAUGGAUGGGUGAGUGGGUGGGUGGAUGGAUGAGUGGGUGGGUGGAUGGAUGGGUGAGUGGGUGGGUGGAUGGAUGGAUGGGUGAGUGGGUGGGUGGAUGGAUGAGUGGGUGGGUGGAUGGAUGGGUGAGUGGGUGGGUGGAUGGAUGGAUGGGUGAGUGGGUGGGUGGAUGGAUGAGUGGGUGGGUGGAUGGAUGGGUGAGUGGGUGGGUGGAUGGAUGGAUGGGUGGGUGGGUGGAUGGAUGGAUGGGUGAGUGGGUGGGUGGAUGGAUGAGUGGGUGGGUGGAUGGAUGGGUGAGUGGGUGGGUGGAUGGAUGGAUGGGUGAGUGGGUGGGUGGAUGGAUGAGUGGGUGGGUGGAUGGAUGGUGGGUGGGUGGAUGGAUGAGUGGGUGGGUGGAUGGAUGGGUGAGUGGGUGGGUGGAUGGAUGGAUGGGUGAGUGGGUGGGUGGGUGGAUGGAUGAGUGGGUGGGUGGAUGGAUGGGUGAGUGGGUGGGUGGAUGGAUGGGGUGGGUGAGUGGGUGGGUGGAUGGGUGGGUGGAUGGAUGGCUGGGGGAGGGUCUCCCUAAACCAGGCAUUUUGGCUCCAAUGAAGCGUGUGUGCCUCCCCUCUCUCUCCCCCCUCUCUCCCCUCUCUCCCCUCUACCCCAGCCUCCCCCCUCUCCCCCGCCUCUCUCCCCUCUCUCCCCUCUACCCCAGCCUCCCCCCUCUCUCACCCCUCUCUCCCCCCUCUCUCCCCUCUCUCCCCUCUCCCCCAGCCUCCCCCCUCUCCCCCGCCUCCCCCCUCUCUCUGCAGGACUACACCCUGACCAUGUACUUCCAGCAGUUUUUGUGA